AUGCCUAUCCAGAAGAUCCACGCCCGCCAGGUCUACGACUCUCGUGGUAACCCCGUUCGUACUCCCCUGCUACUCUCCUUGGAUCAGGAUGUUGAGGUCGAUAUUGUAACCGAAACUGGUCUCCACCGCGCCAUCGUCCCCUCCGGUGCUUCCACCGGCUCCCACGAGGCCUGCGAGCUCCGUGACGGCGACAAGACCAAGUGGGGCGGCAAGGGUGUCCUCAAGGCCGUCGCCAACGUCAACGAUGUCAUUGCUCCCGCCCUCAUCAAGGAGAACCUCGACGUCAAGGACCAGAGCGCCGUCGACAACUUCAUGAACAAGCUUGAUGGUACCACCAACAAGACCAAGCUUGGUGCCAACGCCAUCCUCGGUAUCUCCAUGGCCGUCGCUAAGGCCGCCGCCGCCGAGAAGCGUGUCCCUCUCUACGCCCACAUCUCCGAUCUUGCCGGCACCAAGAAGCCCUACGUCCUCCCCGUUCCCUUCAUGAACGUCCUCAACGGUGGCUCCCACGCCGGUGGCCGUCUCGCCUUCCAGGAGUUCAUGAUCGUUCCUUCGGACGCCCCUACCUUCACCGAGGCCAUGCGCUGGGGUGCCGAGGUCUACCAGAAGCUCAAGUCCCUCGCCAAGAAGAAGUACGGCCAGUCUGCUGGUAACGUUGGUGACGAGGGUGGUGUUGCCCCUGACAUUCAGACCGCCGAGGAGGCUCUCCAGCUCAUCACCGAGGCCAUCGAGCAGGCCGGUUACACUGGCAAGAUGAACAUUGCCAUGGACGUUGCCUCGUCCGAGUUCUACAAGGUUGACGCCAAGAAGUACGACCUCGACUUCAAGAACCCCGAGUCGGACCCCGAGAAGUGGGUUACCUACGAGCAGCUCGCCGACCAGUACAAGGAGCUCGCCUCCAAGUACCCCAUCGUCUCCAUCGAGGACCCCUUCGCUGAGGACGACUGGGAGGCCUGGACCUACUUCUCCAAGGUCUACGACCACCAGAUCGUUGGUGAUGACUUGACCGUCACCAACCCCUCUUUCAUCAAGAAGGCCAUCGAGACCAAGGCUUGCAACGCCCUCCUCCUCAAGGUCAACCAGAUCGGUACCAUCACCGAGGCCAUCCAGGCCGCCAAGGACGCCUUCGGUGCCAGCUGGGGUGUCAUGGUUUCUCACCGCUCCGGUGAGACCGAGGAUGUUACCAUCGCUGACAUUGUCGUCGGUCUCCGCGCCGGCCAGAUCAAGACCGGUGCCCCCGCCAGAUCUGAGCGUCUCGCCAAGCUCAACCAGAUCCUCCGUAUCGAGGAGGAGCUCGGUGACAACGCCGUCUACGCCGGUACCAAGUUCCGCACCUCUGUCAACAUGUAA